AUGGGGCCCCCGGGCAAUAGGGGAUCAUGGGGCCCCUGUGUCCUUGCCCAAACUCAAAAAAGCCUAUGAAAAAGGUACCGGGGGCAUUUCAUGGGGCCCCCUACCGACCCCAGGCCCUCGGGCAGCGCCCGAGUUUCCAAAUGGUCAGUCCGCCCUGGCUGAGAGGCUGCAUAUAUGCGUCCAUAUACCAGGGGCGGACUGACGACUCAUGGGGCCCCCGGGCAAUAGGGGAUCAUGGGGCCCCUGUGCCCUCGCCCACACUCAAACCACACCCAAAAAAGCCUAUGAAAGGUACCAGGGGCAUCUCAUGGGGCCCCCUACUGACCCUGGUCCCUUGGGCCCCCUACUGACCCUAUUGGUCAGUCCACCCCUGGCUCAGACAAAGUUUUAGCUCUCUG